AUGGCACACGCCGUGAGAAAGGUCGUCCAAGAGACCAAAACCGGUAGCACAAUUUCCGAGCGAGUCCACACCAUGCUGGUCAUCCAAGUCAAAAGCACGUUUUUCGACCCCAUCGUCGGCCAGCUCCAAGUCAGCGGCAUCGUCAAGUCCGAGAACGCAUACGUCAGUCUCGGCCAACAUCACACACUCGAUCUCGAGAUCUCGCGCCCAUUCACAAUAAGCAAGCCCGAGGGCUGGGACACAGUCGCCAAGGAGACGUUAUCCGAGAGUCUGUCUGACGACAAGGACGGCGCCAUGGCCGCCGUUGUCAUGCAAGAGGGCAUCGCCAACAUCUGCAUCAUCAGCCAGUUCCGCACCGUCGUCAAGCAGCGCAUCGAGAGCAUCAUUCCCAAGAAGCGCAGCGCCGCCUCCGAGACGUCCCAGGGUAUGAAGCGCUUCUUCGAAAAGACCCUGACCGCCCUCCUCCGAACCGUCAAUUUCGACCAGCCGAGACCGCUGCUUCUUGCCAGCCCGGGAUUCAUCGCCGCCGACUUCAAGAAGUACAUCGCAGAUGAAGGGAGAGACAAGUCCGACAAGAAGCUGAUGGGCAUCGCCAAGGAGUCCACCGUCAUCCACACAAAUUCCGGCCACGUCCACAGCCUCAACGAGGUUCUCAAGAGCCCCGAGGUGGGCACCAAGCUGAAGGAUUUCAAGUUUACAAAGGAGACGAGAUUGAUGGAUCAGUUCUUCGAGAGAUUACGCUUGGAGGACGGGCGCGCAUGGUACGGAGCUUCGGCGGUUGCCAAGGCCGUCAGCGAGGGCGCCAUUGGCCCCGGCGGAGGUGUCCUCAUCAUGAACAACUCCCUGUUCCGCAGCUCCGACAUCCCGACGAGGAAAAAGUACGUGGGAUUGGUAGACAAGGUCAAGGCCGACGGUGGCGAGGUUAGGAUCCUCAGCAGCGACCACGAGAGCGGCCAACGACUCGACAUGUUGGGCAGCAUUGCCGCCAUACUGUCGUACCCAAUUCACGAUCUAGACGACGAUGAGAACGAGGCUGGUGCAACAGAAGGCGGAAACGAUGGCGAGGAGACUAUCAUAUGA